UAUCACAGAUGGUUGAAGAAGUAAAACAUUCUGUUAUGUUUAUAGCAAAUAAAUUCCCAGACACUAGGGGUAUUUAUGUAUGUGGUCACUCUGCUGGUGGUCAACUGGCUGCAAUGCUGCUCACUGUAGAUUGGACUCAAUAUGAUCUUCUUCAAAAUAUCAUUAAAGGUUUGCUUUUAGUUAGUGGUGUUUUUGAUCUGCAGCCAAUAGUGAAGACUUAUGUUAAUGAACCACUGAAUUUGGAUGAAGCAGAGGCCAUACGGUUGAGUCCAUUGUGUCAUAUAAAGGAAGCUUGUCUGCACUCAAAACACUGCAAAGUUAUUGUUAGUGUUGGUGAACAUGACUCUCCGUCGUUCAGAACUCAGUCAAGAGAGUAUGCAAAGCUUUUGAAAGAUGUAGGUUUUGAUAUCAAAUUUAAAGAAGUUGAAGACAAGGACCACUAUAAUGUAGUUCAUGAUUUGGUGUAUGAUAACUAUUCAUUGACACAGGAUUUUCUCAAGUUGGUGAACUCCAGAUAAUUAAUGAAUACAUGUUUAAUCGGACCAUAUAUAGUAUAAAUUUAUCACCAUUACGGGACUGCAGCCCAUCACGUUAAAAACAAUAAUAACAAACUAAUCAUGAGACAAAAGUUAAACGGGAGUGUCAUCACCUGCGCACCAAGCGCUGAUAACAACACACGCCAAAACCGCAAAGGCUCAUGGGUAGAUGCUUGUUUGUAAUCAAUGACACGCUAUGGCCAUCUGACGCAUGCGCUGGUGACGACUCCCCCGCUUCAACCUCGUAUUUUGGUUAAAAAUACAAGUUACAAAAGUCGUAGAACUGUGUCUUGUGCUAAAUAAUCAAA